AUGACGACGACCAAGAGGUUGAAGUUUGAGAAUCUGAGAAUCCAAUUCUCCAAUGCCAUAGUAGGAAACUUUUUAAGGUUACCGCAUUCAAUUAUAAACGUGUUAGAGUCAACCAACUACGCUAUCCAGGAAUUCGGUAUAGCAGUCCAUUCUCAUAAUUCAGAUAUACCUAUUGUUCAUCUUGGAUGGGAUGGCCAUGAUUCUGGAUCGAGUGAGAAUGUUGUUCUUAUCAAUCCUGUUUUGGCCACAGUAUAUGAUUUAAAUCAAAAGUCUCCAUUGGUGGACUUAUACAUCCAGCGAUAUGACCACACACACCUGGCUACGGAGGUGUAUGUCACGCCAGAAACGAGUGAUGAUUGGGAAAUUAUCGAUGCCAAUGCGAUGAGGUUCCAAAAUGGUGAGAUUUUGCACCAAACCCGUAUAGUUACCCCAGGUGAGACUUUGAUUUGUUAUUUGGAAGGAAUUGUUACAAAGUUCAAAAUUGACAGGGUGGAGCCAUCAAUGAAGUCUGCGAGGAUCACAGAUGGUUCCUUGGUUGUUGUGGCACCAAAAGUCAAUAAAACACGUUUGGUGAAGGCUGAGUAUGGUCAUAGUAAUAAGACAAUACUAAAAAAUGGGGCUAUCCAACUUUUAAAGAAGGUAAUAUUGAGGAGUACUGUGUGCAAAAUGGACUUCCCUAAAGAUAACCUUUUUGUCGUAUAUAUCAGUGACGGGGCACAAUUGCCUUCUCAGAAGGGCUACGCUUCUAUCGUAAAAUGUAGCUUAAGGCAGUCCAAGAAAAGCGAUUCAGAUAAUAAAUCAGUUGGUAUCCCUUCGAAGAAGAUUGGGGUUUUUAUAAAAUGUGAUAGUCAGAUACCCGAAAAUCACAUUGCAUUAAGCUCUCAUCUUUGGGAUGCAUUCUUUACGCACCCAAUGAACGGAGCAAAAAUCAAACUAGAGUUUCUACAAAUGAAUCAAGCAAAUAUAAUAUCCGGAAGAAAUGCAACAGUCAAUAUCAAAUAUUUUGGCAAGGACGUUCCUACCAAGAGUGGGGAUCAGUAUUCUAAGUUGUUGGGCGGGAGCUUAUUGACCAAUAACUUAAUACUUCCAACAGAGCAAAUUAUAAUCGAAAUAAAAAAAGGUGAAUCCGAGCAGCAGUUGUGUAAUUUGAAUGAAAUUUCCAAUGAAUCCGUUCAAUGGAAAGUAACCCAAAUGGGUAAAGAAGAAGUUAAAGAUAUUAUCGAAAGGCAUUUGCCUAAACAUUACCACGUCAAAGAAACUGGCGAAGUUUCGCGCACUAGUAAAGAUGAAGAUGAUUUCAUUACGGUAAAUAGUAUCAAGAAAGAAAUGGUCAAUUAUUUGACAUCGCCUAUUAUUGCCACACCAGCUAUUAUAUUAGAUGGUAAGCAAGGGAUCGGUAAAACAAGGUUAUUAAAAGAGCUUAUAAAUGAAGUGGAAAAAGAUCAUCACAUCUUCGUUAAAUAUGCGGAUUGUGAAACAUUGCACGAGACAUCAAAUUUAGAUAAAACCCAAAAAUUAAUUAUGGAAUGGUGUUCUUUUUGUUAUUGGUAUGGUCCUUCUUUGAUUGUGUUGGAUAACGUUGAGGCUCUAUUUGGAAAACCUCAAGCCAAUGACGGAGAUCCUUCUAAUAAUGGCCAAUGGGAUAAUGCAAGCAAACUUUUGAAUUUUUUCAUCAAUCAGGUGACAAAGAUAUUUAACAAGGAUAAUAAACGAAUCAGAGUUUUAUUUUCAGGCAAGCAGAAAACUCAAAUUAAUCCGCUAUUGUUUGAUAAGCAUUUUGUUUCAGAGACGUGGUCUUUGAGAGCACCUGACAAACAUGCAAGAGCGAAGUUACUGGAGUAUUUUUUCUCGAAAAACCAGAUCAUGAAACUAAAUCGAGAUUUGCAAUUCAGUGAUUUGUCGUUGGAGACAGAAGGAUUUUCGCCACUAGAUUUGGAAAUAUUCACAGAAAAGAUUUUCUACGACUUGCAGUUGGAAAGAGAUUGUGAUAAUGUUGUAACAAGGGAACUUUUUUCGAAGUCGCUUAGUGCGUUUACACCAUCUGCGUUGCGUGGAGUAAAGCUAACAAAAGAAACGAACAUCAAAUGGGGGGAUAUUGGUGCUUUAGCAAAUGCCAAAGAUGUCCUUCUAGAAACCUUAGAGUGGCCCACAAAAUAUGAGCCUAUUUUCGUUAAUUGUCCCCUAAGAUUGAGAUCAGGAAUCUUGCUUUACGGUUAUCCUGGUUGUGGUAAAACGCUUCUGGCGAGCGCCGUGGCACAACAAUGUGGGUUAAACUUUAUCUCCGUUAAGGGACCAGAGAUUUUAAACAAGUUUAUAGGUGCCAGCGAACAAAACAUAAGAGAAUUGUUUGAAAGGGCACAGUCCGUCAAACCCUGUAUUCUAUUUUUUGACGAGUUCGAUUCUAUUGCGCCAAAGAGAGGGCAUGACUCCACUGGUGUCACAGACCGUGUAGUCAAUCAAUUAUUGACCCAAAUGGAUGGUGCCGAGGGCCUUGAUGGUGUAUAUAUACUAGCAGCUACAAGUAGACCUGAUUUGAUUGAUAGCGCAUUGUUAAGACCGGGAAGAUUAGACAAAAGUGUGAUCUGUAAUAUACCGACUGAAUCAGAGAGGUUAGAUAUCUUGCAAGCUAUCGUCAAUUCAAAAGACAAGGAUACGGGACAAAAAAAAUUUGCAUUGGAGAAAAAUGCAGACUUGAAGUUGAUCGCUGAAAAGACAGCUGGUUUUUCGGGUGCUGAUUUACAGGGGCUCUGCUACAAUGCUUAUUUGAAAUCUGUACAUAGGUGGCUGUCUGCUGCAGACCAAUCGGAAGUGGUACCCGGCAAUGAUAAUAUAGAAUACUUCAGUAUCAAUGAGCACGGGCGUAGAGAAGAAAAUAGACUACGGCUAAAGACUCUAUUGCAGCAAGAUGUGGUGCACGAGACAAAGACAAGCACUUCAGCUGCUUCUGAGCUGACAGCUGUGGUCACAAUAAACGAUUUAUUGGAAGCCUGUCAAGAGACAAAACCUAGUAUUUCAACAAGUGAGUUGGUCAAAUUAAGGGGGAUUUACGAUAGGUUCCAGAAGGAUAGGAACGGUGAGAUGCCCAAUGGUGAGAAUUCCAUCGACAUUGGUAGCCGACUCUCCCUUAUGUGA